AACAGUAGGAGUGUGGAGAGCAUCCAUCCUCAGAUCUUCUCGCAGGAGCAUCUCUAAUACAGCAGAGCACAAGCAGGCCAACAACUAGAGCCUUCUACUACUGGUGCAGUGUCAAACAGCAGUCACAUUACUGACAGUGUUGCAUAAAGGCUAAUAUAAAAAGUCACAUCUGAGACCUAACAGGCUUCAGUGUAGAUGCAUCUUCCAGUGGGGCUGAACAACAUGGGACGGCCGCGUUACGCGUCAUUGUUGUUUCUUAUCUGCUCCCUUGUUCAGACAAAUGCAUUGACAACAUGUGGAACCAAGCAGUUCAAGUGUGGGAAUGGGAAAUGCAUCUCAGCGAGAUGGGUGUGUGAUGGCACAGAUGACUGCGGAGAUGGCACAGAUGAACUUCCUGGUACCUGCCUUACCAAAACGUGUAGACCGUCAGAGUUCAGCUGCGCGGACCGCCUUAACCAGUGUGUACCGAGCACCUGGCACUGUGAUGGAAAAGCUGACUGUGAGAAUGGAGCUGACGAAGAGAGCUGUGCGCCAAAGCAGUGCACAGACACAGAGUUCCGCUGCAGGAACGGACAAUGCGUGUCAUCCUCCUUUGUGUGUGACGACGAGGCUGACUGUGACGACGGCAGCGACGAGGCCUCCUGCCCGCCCGUCACCUGCAGCGCCACGUCCUUCCAGUGUAACAACACCGUUUGUCUUCCACGCCUGUGGGCCUGCGACGGAGACGCCGAUUGCUCAGACGGCUCGGACGAGUGGCCCCAGAACUGUGGUACAAAGACACUUGACACUGCUGCCACUAAUCAGUGCUCAUCCCUGGAGUUCCACUGUGGCAGCGGCGAAUGCAUCCAUGGCAGCUGGAAGUGUGAUGGGGGAGCUGACUGCCUCGAUCGAUCAGAUGAAGCUGACUGUGCUCGUUCCACCUGCCGUCCUGAUGAGUUUGAAUGUGGUGAUGGCACUUGCAUCCAUGGGAGCCUCCAGUGCAACCAACAAUACGACUGCAAGGACAUGAGUGAUGAAACUGGCUGUGUCAAUGCAACCCACUGUGAGGGCCCAACCAGGUUUAAGUGCCGCAGUGGGGAAUGUAUUAGCAUGGAGAAAGUGUGUGAUAAGCAGCGUGACUGCAGGGAUUGGUCAGAUGAGCCUCUUAGGGAAUGUGGCUCUAAUGAGUGUCUGUACAACAACGGCGGCUGCUCACAUAUUUGCAAUGACCUGAAGAUCGGCUAUGAGUGCCUGUGUCCUGCUGGAUACCGCCUGGUUGACAAAAAACGCUGUGAAGAUAUUGAUGAGUGUGCCAACCCGGACACCUGCAGCCAGAUCUGCAUCAACCAGAUAGGCAGUUACAAAUGCCAAUGUGAGGAGGGUUACCAAGUUGACCCGGCAACCAAAGCCUGCAAGGCCAUCGGUACAAUAGCCUACCUUUUCUUCACCAACCGUCAUGAAGUCAGAAAGAUGACUUUGGACAAAAGUGAGUACACCAGAGUAAUCCCUCGUCUAAAGAACGUUGUGGCUCUCGACAUGAACAUGGCCGCCAAAGAGAUCUACUGGUCGGACAUCUCUCAAAAGAAGAUCUACAGAGCUCAGAUGGACUCGGCUGAAGACUCCACUCAUCACAGCGUGGUCGUCGGUAAUGACAUUGAUGCUCCUGAAGGCAUCGCUUUUGACUGGAUCCAUGGUAACCUGUACUGGACUGACAGCAUUCACAGAACUAUCUCUGUGGUAAAUGCUGACGGUAGUCACCGCAAAACUCUCUUCCACCAAGACUUGUCUAAACCCCGCUCUAUUGUGGUUGACCCCCACACCAACUUCAUUUACUGGACUGACUGGGGGAACCCCGCUAAGAUUGAGAGGGCAGGUCUUAAUGGAGGAGACCGCACUGCCCUGGUCUCUGACAACAUUGUCUGGCCUAAUGGGAUUACAAUCGACCUGUUGAACCAGCGGCUCUACUGGGUGGACUCUAAGCUGCACACCCUCUCCAGUAUAGACGUACAGGGCGGUGCUCGACGCACCCUCAUCAUUGAUGAAAACAAGCUGGCUCACCCGCUGGGACUGACAGUGUUUGAGGAAAGAGUGUUCUGGACAGACGUCAGUAACAAUGCCAUCCUCAGUGCAAACAGGCUGACGGGUGGUGACAUCACACCACUGGCGGAGCACCUAUCCUCACCAGAAGACAUUAUUCUUUACCAUAACCUCAAACAACCUGCUGGAAGAGAUUGGUGCCAGGUAUCCAGCUGUGAAUUCUUGUGCCUGGCAGCUCCUCAAGUGGGAAGACAUCCCCCCAAAUAUACAUGUGUCUGUCCAGAUAACAUGAUGCUAGCCAGGGAUAUGAGGUCAUGUGUACCUGCUGUGCCAACACCUGCAGCUCCUGUGCAGCCUCAAGUUCCAGCUACCAACUCCCCUCAUCGGCCACCAGUGCCAGCCAGCACCACACCUAAGCCCCAGGCCCGCACCACCACAGUGCCCAUCAUAAUCACCAGCACCGCGGCAAAGCUAGUGCCACGCACCACCAAGCCUCCUGUAAGGAGCACCACACCUGAACCAAGAACCCCUUCACCACAGCCGAUGAAGCCUAAAAUUCUUCAGACCACCACAGAGGCUCCAGUCACUUCUCCAGAUUUCCACCAGGGAUUUGCCGCAGCUAUACCCGACACUGCCUCCACCACCCCAGUGGCUCUGUAUAUUGUGUUACCUCUGGCGAUCAUUUGUCUGGUGGCUGUUGGCAGCGUGCUGCUAUGGAGGAACUACAGGCAGAAGAACACCAACACGAUUCACUUUGAUAACCCCGUCUAUCAGAAAACCACUGAGGACCAAGUCCACAUUUGGAGGAGCCACAGCCCUGACGGUUACUCCUACCCAAAAAGACAGGUUGUGAGCUUGGAUGAAGAGGCAGUCAAUCCAGCCUUCAUGGAAAACUGAAAACUAAUGUCUGGCAGAGUGGAAAGAAGAGCCUCACUGAUGGGCUACCUUGGACAUACUUUUGUAUUUUUACCUCACUCAGCACAAAGAUACGGAAGUCAAAGCCAAUAUCAGACAAGCUUGAACCACUAUAUCCUCACAGAAAAACAAGCGCUCUAAAGUGGAAUAACCAGGGUGAUACUUUUUUUUCCAUCACGUUGACAAUCCAUUCCUCACCAAAUCAUACCAAAUCAUCAGACAACUGGAGAUCUGUGUCAUUGUCAGACACAUAAUGCCUCGUUUUUCAUGUAACAGUUUAACUGAGCUCAUUUAAUGCAACUGAUAAUUGGGAAUUCCCUCCAACUCAUAUAAGGCAGAAUUCUACAAAUUAGUGUAUUUUUGUCUGUUUAUGGAACAUUAUCAAAUUUUAUUUGGCCACGCUCAUGUCUGUAUAGUAAAUAUAUGGCUAAAGGCAGCUUAGCUCAAAGGCUGGAAGCAGGUAGGCCGGCUCUUUCCAAAGGUAACAAAAUCCAUUGACCAGCAUCACAUAUAUAUAUAUAUUAUUGUGUAACUUUCUGGAGUUAUUGCAAGUUGGCUGUCAACUCCCUAUAAAAUGGAGAAUUAUUUUUGUUUUUGUACAUAAUAAAUAAUUGCUUUAGAGGUGCUGGUUGGUUGAUUUUGUUACCUUUGGACAGAGUCAGGCUUGCUGUUUACCCUCCACACUUUGUGCUAAGCUAAACCAACUGGCUACUGGUUCCAUCUACAUAUUUAAUAAACAGACUUGGGACCUGGAUCAAUCUUUUCAUCCAACUCUUGACAAGAAAGUGAAUGAGUGUAUUUCUGUAUGGACUACUCAAACAAUAAGCAUUAGAGUUGCUAGUUGGUAAGUUUUGUUACCUUUGGACAAAGCCGAACUCGCUGUUUCUCCUCUUUACACUAAGCUUAGCUAAGCUAAGCUAAUCACUGUACGCCUCUAGCUCUGAACUCGACACACACGAUUGUGGAAUCAGUCUUGUCUUCUAACUCAAACUCAAGAAAUCUGAACCGGGCUUUUAUCCCAUGUCUAAAAAUACUAACGCUAGAGUGGAUAUAAAGUUGAGCAUACAUUAGGUGAAUGUAAUACUGAAAAGCAUGUACCACUUUAACCAGCGUGACCUCUGUAAGUCUCAUAAUGAUGUGUGCGUGUGUGUGUGUGUGUGUAAUUUUGAGUUUUACACCAGUAGUGGAGUGGAAAUAUCAUCCAAAGGGACCUAAAGACACAGCUAUAGUCAGCCUUAAAGGGUACACGCUGCACACUGUGUUUAUGCCUUAUAUUGUACACUGUGAUAGAUUUCAGGUUUCACCCAUCACCAUAUGGUCACAACACAAUGUUUUUCAGCAGCUGCCUGUUUCUGAGUCUUAGCUCCAUUCUCCUGAUUUGUUUUCGACUGUCUGUGCAUUGGGAGGCCAUCUUCAAAUGUUCCCUCCCUAUGCCCCUCUUGGGAGGACCAGUGCAUUCCUCAAAGACCUCAAAGACCAAAAGCUUUGAUGCAACCACGUGUGACCAAUGGGGCAGAGUCUAAGGAUCUGUACCGUGGCACGUGUAUAUUUACAUCCUCCCUUUGGACCAGAACUUCAACUUACCUUGUUCCAGCAUUCCUGACAAAAGAAAGCAAUGUGCCCUGUCCUGUUUUUUUAAAAAGCAGCUCUCACCAGUCGGUUGAGCUCAUUUAUUUUUAUUGCCGACAGAUGUGUGCCUUUUUAAUGACAUAUUUAGUUCACAUGUUCAAGUUGGUGCUAUUGAAAAAUCAAUGUGGUUUUGUUACACUUAACAAAGACGUUCUCGUGAUGUCUGUUUGACCGUCAAGAGGCUUUUAGGUAGUAAAGUAAUUUUACAUUCACUGACUAACAGUGCAGGUUAAGCUGUAAAUAUAAUGUUCAUAAAUGUAAAUAUUUGUUAUUUACGGGGUUGUUUUAUUUUGGUAAUAAUGUCAGUGUAAGACUUUGUUGUAAACUUUAAACAUUUGAUGUACAUAAAUAAAUGCUUCUAUUUAUUAUAGAA